AUGGAGAUGUUGAAGGACUUCAAGUUCGAUGUCUCGUAUUACCCUGGCAAGGCAAAUCUGGUGGAGGACGCCUUAAGCCGCAAAAGGGCACUUGAAUUUGCAGCCCCGCUAAUGGUGAGAGAGUGGGACAUAGUGGAAUUUGUGCGGGACUUUGACAUGAAAUUAAUCAUAAAGGAACCAUACGAGGUCAUAGCCCACAUUCAGGUCCAACCAACGAUUAACAGUAAAAUCAUUGAGGCCCAAGAGGGCGAUGAAUUGUUAAAAAAAAUGAAAGAAAGAGCAAAGAAUGAUGUGGAGUCCAAGUGGAGGAUCGGUACUGAUGGGGGAUUGUGGUACCGAGGCCGCGUUUGUGUCCCAAAUCUUCAGGGACUACGAGAAGAAGUCCUAAAUGCCGCUCACAACUCCAAGUUGGCGAUACAUCCUGGUAAUACUAAGAUGUACCGGGAUCUGAAGCGAAACUAUUGGUUGAACAACAUGAAGAAGGAAAUAACAAACUUGCCCAAGACUAGGAAGAGGCAUGACUCGAUAUGGGUGAUUGUGGACCGGUUAACCCAAUUAGCCCAUUUCCUGCCAAUCAAGACUUCUAACUCUGUCGAUGAUUUAACGAAGUUGUAUAUCAAGGAGAUAGUGCGGCUUCAUGGCGUCUCAUUGGAAAUUGUGUUGGACCGAGACACUCAAUUCAUGUCGAUCUUCUGUACGCGCAUCCAAGAAACCAUGGGAGUGAAAUUGAAGUUUAGCACCGCAUUCCACCUGCAGAUAGAUGGGCAAACUGAGCGGGUGAACCAGAUAUUAGAAGACAUGUUGCGGGCUUGUGUUCUAGACUUUCAGGAGAGUUAG